AUGUUUGGUUCACUUCUUUGUGAUAUGGGACAGUAUGACAAAUCAAUGAAGUACUUCGAGAAUCUAUUUCAAAAUCAUGAAGGUGAAAAUAUAAGUGACAUUGAGUUUAACCUUGGUCGUGCUCACGACUUCAGAGGCGAGUACGCCCAAGCACUGCAGUUGUAUGAGCAUAGCUAUGCAACAAUGAUGAUGAGCAAGCCAGUGCCUGAGAAAGCAUCAGCUCGAGUACUCAACAAUAUUGCCAAUAUUUAUGCCAGCAAAGGCGAGUAUGAUCGUGCUUUGGACUAUUAUUCAAAAUGUCUCAAGAUGAGAGAAAAAUGUUUUUCAUCUGAUCAUCCAGAUAUUGCUACUAGUCUGAAUAAUAUUGGCGUUGUUUAUAAGAGCAAAGGCGAGUAUGAUCGUGCUUUGGACUAUUAUUCAAAAUGUCUCAAGAUGAAAGAAAAAUGUUUGCCAUCUGAUCAUCCAGAUAUUGCUGAUAGUCUGUAUGAUAUUGGCCUGGUUUAUGACAACAAAGGCGAGUAUGAUCGUGCUUUGGACUAUUAUUCAAAAUGUCUCAAGAUGAGAGAAAAAUGUUUGCCAUCUGAUCAUCCACAUAUUGCUAGUAGUCUGUAUAAUACUGGCAAUGUUUAUUACAAGAGAAGCGAGUAUAAGCGUGCUGUAGAGUGUUUUGAAAGAUGCUCGAAGAUUCGUAAAAAGUUGCUUGCAUCAAAACAUCCCGACCGUGUCAGGGUUGAGAAGAAGUUGUCCGAAAUAAAGAAGUUUGUGUAAAGGAUAGUUGUUUUGGACGGGCAGUUGUGUAUGUAUGUGACGGUGGAGCAGUUGUUUAUGUGUUAAUUUUUUUUGGUAUUUGUUUCAGGCUUACAGUUGUUUUUAGACUUGUUGUUUUUACUACGAAGAAACUCCCGGCUUCGGUUUUUCUUUGAAGUCGAUGUUCGGUUCGAGUUUCCAGUCGUAGAUAUUUUAACUAUGAAAAUGUCUCGUUGUUGUUUAGGUUCGUCUGUGAGUAAAAGAAACUUGCUAGUAUUACUUUUAAUCAGGAAUGAGUUGGUUGUAAAAUGUUUGGGUGCUGAAACCUAAAAACGAGCUUUUUAUUGGAGAUACAUGCAUCAAACAUGUCUUACGAUGAGCUCUUUUGUACAGGUCACGAAUCCGACUUUUGUUUUUUGAGGUGUGAGCUCUGAAAGCAAAAAAGUCGUUGAAGAUAUAUAUGUGGAUAUUAAAUUGGUGAAGCACGCCUGCUUAGACUAUUUAAAUCUUUAGAUUAAAAUCUACAGCAUCAUAAUAAAGUAACAAUCUAUCAUAUGCUAUGAAUAUUGUGCUGACAGAUACAUCAUUUUCUAGAAUCUGACCGUCAGAUUGUCAACGUUUCAUGAAGAUACACGGUCGAAAACCGGAGUAAUAUAAAGGCUUCUGUUAUGUGAACGAUUGCUAGUUGCUACACUUGAAAGAGAGGUGAUAAUGAUCCUUUGUACAAUAAGUAUUCUGGCGUAAAAGUAGGGAUGUUCGGUUCUCGCUAAGAACCGGAACCGCGGUUCGGUUUUGCGUGAGGAACCGGAACCGCGGUUCUCUUGUUUUCGGUUCUUCAGCUGGAACCGGAACCGCGAUUCUCUUAUUUUCGGUU